AUGGGUAUUCCUUCAGAAAUUGCAGCAGUUGGGGUUGUUUUGUUGUGGCUGUGGAGUGUUGCCGUGGACAGUGUUCCCAACACCAACAUCACUGCCAUUCUGUGCAACGUUGGGGCGUACAGCUCAGGUGAUCCUUUUGCUGUGAGUUUAUCCUAUGUUGUUGGAGAAUUGGAGACAGAGACUCCAACCAGGAAAAACUACGAUUACUACAACAUUUCUCCUUAUCCUAAUGCAUUUGCCUAUGGACAUGCUGCUUGCAACAUUAAUCUGACUGCCACUGACUGCAAAACCUGUCUCGGUGUUGCUAAAACAUCCGUGUUCAACGGGUGUCCGAAGCGUGUAGGAGCUCGUUCGGUGCUGCAUGAUUGUACAAUCAGGUAUGAGCAGUACCCAUUUGAUGAUUGA